UUUGUAGGCUGAAGAAGAGCCAGCUAAGUUGACACGAGGAAUCUGCAUGAUUUGACCUGUCAAUUUCAAGAUUUCACGGAUUCAAAGCAUGUUUGUAAAAGCAAUGCGACUGUUGUGGCCCAGAAAUAGUGGUUUGUGUAUGAUUUUCUUGAUUGUGCGUGUUCUGAAAUGAAUGUCAUCAAGUUUGACAAGCUGUGACUUCAGUGAUGUCGGGAUAUUGUUUUCGUGGCCAUUCGAGGGGACGAUUCUCAAAUCCCCUCCUGCCAAAUCCUUACGGUGGUGGUUGACGCAGAUGGCAAUGGAUAUCAAACACAAAAAGGUGUUUGAUCCUUACCGUUCUUCAAACGAGGACAUGGGGGCAUCAGACUUCUUCCUGACCUUUUCCAUGGGACCCAGGCGAUGUGUGGGGAAGUCCUUCGCCAUGCUGCAAUUCAAGCUCGUGAUAGCUAUGAUAUUACGUCACUUCCGGCUUAGCAUCACCCCUGGGAGACCGGCGCAGCCAGAGAGUUCGCUCAUUCUGCGCAGUAAAGAUGGCGUGUACUUGAAUAUGGAAAACCUCCGCCCCUAAGCAAGAGGCCCGGGUUAAGGGAUACUUGU